GCUUCAACAAAUAGCAUUUUCUCUUGCUGGAUUCUGUCCCUUUUUUACAACCCAUAGCGCCUGCGAAUCAAGCAUUCUUGAGCCUGAAUUUCGCGUGCUAUUUCAAGCAAUGAGGCCAGGCUCCUGAAUUAUCUUUAUUCCUGUCUUUGUCUGCAGGGUUUUCAUAGACUUCUACCUUUCGACUGCAUCUACGCUACGGUCAACCAGCGCGAAACAGCUCUUGACAAUAUUCUGGUACGGCAGUCAAGAUGGCGGAUCCAAAUAAUGUGUCGCAGUACAAGUACUCGGCGAUGUCCAACCUGGUUCUCCAGGCGGACCGUCGUUUUGUAACUCGCCGCACAGAUGAGGUUACGGGCGACCCGGAGUCUCUCGCCGGUCGCAUUAAUAUCAAGGACAUGGGCACGCGGGCCUCAGGUGCGGAUGCUACAAAAAUCAGGAAGGCUCCAGUGGCCCCUAAGAAUAUCGAACGAGGUGCGAUUCGAGAAGGCGAAGAUGUUUUGCAACGAGAGCAACGAAAACGAAAGCGAGGAGAACAGGCACAGCUGAGGGGCGUGGGUAUCUUGUCGGCAGCAGACGCGCUCAUCGAAGGCCUAAAAUAUCGACCGAGAACUCCUGCGACAAGAGCAACUUAUGAUUUAAUCCUUACGAUGACUUCAAACCAUCUAGGAGACGUGUCUCACGAGGUUAUUCGAAGUGCUGCAGAUGCUGUACUAGAGCUCUUAAAAGAUGAAAAUAUGAAGGACUUCGACAAAAAAAAAGAGAUUGAUGACCUACUUGGAAGUACUAUGGGAGCGAAAGAGUUUAAUGAGCUUGUCAACCUAGGGAAGAAAAUCACAGAUUACGAUGCGCAAGAUGAAGACGAAAAUAUGGAAAACGGCGCAGAUGGUAUACAGGGUGGGGAGGAAUUAGAUGAGAGGCAAGGUGUAGCUGUGGUUUUCGAUGAAUCGGACGAAGAUGAAGAUAAUAUGGCUCGCGAGGUUCGAGAUGCGGACGAGCCUUCCGACGAGGACAUGUCUGACGAAGAGGAUCAACCCGGUUUAGAAGAGGUUGCAACCGCUGGCGGUGCCGCUGCUGAAAAUGAUGAGGCGGGCACACCCGAUGAAGAAAUAGUAAUCGAUGGCGCCGUGGAAGCAUCUCGUGAUGACAAAACCAAGAGUCGCUCGAACCUCGUCCCAAUUCGUGAAAUUGAUGCGUAUUGGCUCCAGCGAGAGAUUGGAUCGAUUUACAACGACGCACAUAUACAGCAAGAAAAGACUCAAGAGGCUUUGCGGAUGAUGGGGGAAAAGUCAGAAGAUGGAAAUGAAAGGCAGCUACGUGAUGUCGAAAAUGACCUGAUGGAACUUUUUGAUUACGACUACCCAGAGCUAGUAGGAAAGCUCAUUAUGAAUCGGGAUAGAAUUGUCUGGGUGACCAAAUGGAGGCGGACAGCGGAGGAUGCCGAGGCCAAAACCACACUUGAGAAAGAAAUGAUUGAGGCCGGUCACCGUGACAUUUUGGAUGAAUUACAUGGCAAGUCGUCUCGGGAAGCAGCGGCCGACCGACCUGGGAAAAGGAUGAAGGUUGACCUAAUGGACAUUGAUAUUCCCGGGCCCAAACCAGACCAAGCUGAAUCUAAGCCAAAAGAUGGUGUUCUAACGGGCGGACUCCAGCCAAAAAAGCUCAUCAACCUCGAUAAUCUUGUGUUUGAUCAAGGAAAUCACCUUAUGACUAACCCCAAUGUCAAAUUGCCACAAGGUUCAACAAAACGAACCUUUAAAGGAUAUGAAGAAAUUCACGUCCCAGCUCCGAAGCCAAAGAGGGACCCAGGUGAACGUCUUAUUCCCAUUUCAGAUCUUCCAGAUUGGGCACGUCCCGGAUUUAGGAACUCCCAAAAGCUCAACCGCAUCCAAACAAAGUGCUUCCCAACGGCCUUCAAAGAUGAUGGGAACAUGCUCGUUUGUGCCCCAACAGGCUCUGGGAAAACCAAUGUCGCCAUGCUUGCAAUACUACGUGAAAUUGGGAAAAAUCGCAAUCCUGACACUGGCGAGAUCAUGUUAGAUGACUUCAAAAUUGUCUACAUCGCACCUUUGAAAGCGCUUGUUCAGGAGCAAGUAGGGAAUUUCGGCGAAAGGCUAAAGCCCUACGGUAUUCGCGUCUCGGAACUUACUGGUGACCGGCAACUUACCAAACAACAAAUAGCUGAUACCCAGAUUAUAGUGACCACGCCUGAGAAAUGGGAUGUUAUCACGAGAAAAGCGACCGAUACCAGCUAUACCCGCCUUGUACGACUUAUUAUCAUCGAUGAAAUCCACUUGCUCCAUGAUGACCGAGGGCCCGUCUUAGAAAGUAUAGUGAGCAGGACAAUACGUAAAAUUGAACAAACAGGCGACCCAGUGCGACUGAUUGGUCUGAGUGCUACGCUCCCUAACUAUCGUGACGUGGGCAGCUUCCUGCGCGUUGAUCCUAUCAAUGCCCUUUUCCACUUCGAUGGUUCAUACAGACCGUGUCCACUGAAGCAAGAAUUUAUUGGUGUGACCGAUAAAAAGGCCAUUAAACAGCUGAAAACUAUGAAUGAUGUUUGCUAUACGAAAGUUCUUGAGCAAGUUGGUACAAAUAAGAAUCAAAUGCUAAUUUUUGUCCACUCGAGAAAAGAAACGGCAAAGACAGCCCGGUACAUUCGAGACAAGGCUGUUGAGAUGGAAACUAUUGGACAAAUUUUGAGAAGUGACGCAGCCAGCCGGGCUAUUCUCACGGAAGAAGCUGAUGCGGUCAACGACCCUGCAUUAAAAGACCUUAUGCCAUACGGUUUCGGUAUACAUCAUGCCGGAAUGAGUUUGGCUGAUCGUACCUCCGUUCAAGAGCUAUUCGCGGAUGGCAGUUUGCAAGUUCUCGUCUGUACUGCUACCCUUGCGUGGGGUGUCAAUCUUCCAGCCCAUACAGUCAUUAUCAAAGGUACACAAGUGUACUCGCCGGAGAAAGGCAGCUGGGUUGAGUUAAGUCCCCAGGAUGUGCUUCAAAUGCUUGGCCGUGCCGGCCGACCGCAAUACGAUACGUUUGGAGAGGGUAUCAUCAUUACGUCCCAGACCGAAAUGCAAUAUUACCUAUCUUUGCUGAACCAGCAACUUCCUAUCGAAAGCCAGCUGAUGAGCAAGCUUGCGGAUAAUCUAAACGCUGAGAUUGUGCUUGGAAAUGUACGCAAUCGUGACGAGGGAGUGGACUGGCUCGGUUACACUUACUUAUUCGUCCGAAUGCUUCGAUCCCCUGGUCUCUACAGUGUUGGCACGGAUUACGAAAACGAUGAAGCUCUCGAACAACGACGCGUAGAUCUCAUCCACUCUGCAGCAACAGUACUCGAAAAGGCUAACCUUGUCAAAUAUGAGAAAAAAACCGGAAGACUCCAAUCUACCGAACUUGGCCGUAUCGCUUCGCAUUAUUAUAUCACGCAUAGUUCUAUGAGUACAUAUAACUACCACCUUCAACCUAUGGUGUCCACAAUCGAGCUGUUCCGUAUAUUUGCACUCAGCGACGAGUUCAAAUACAUUCCGGUUCGACAGGAUGAAAAGCUAGAGCUAGCGAAGUUACUUGGUCGUGUCCCAAUUCCAGUGAAGGAAGGCAUUGAGGAACCUCACGCAAAAAUCAAUGUCCUCUUGCAGGCUUACAUAUCUCGUUUGAAGCUAGAAGGGCUAGCGUUAAUGGCAGAUAUGGUAUAUGUCACCCAAUCUGCGGGUCGUAUUCUUCGAGCAAUUUUCGAAAUUACGCUAAGAAAAGGCUGGGCCUCUGUCGCCAAAACUGCCCUCAACCUCUGCAAAAUGGCAGAAAAGCGCAUGUGGCCAACCAUGUCCCCUCUUCGUCAGUUUCCGUCGUGCCCCCGCGAAAUCUUGCAAAAGUCCGAAAGGAUUGAUGUUCCUUGGUCAACAUAUUUUGAUCUGGAUCCCCCUCGCAUGGGAGAGUUACUGGGCAGUUCUAAGUCAGGUCAAUUAGUUUGCGGCCUCGUCCAGAAGUUCCCGCGCCUCGAGGUGCAAGCCCAAGUUCAACCAAUGACGCGGUCAAUGCUACGUGUGGAACUCACCAUCACGCCUAAUUUCACCUGGGAUGAUGAUCUUCAUGGUGCCGUAGAAAGCUUCUGGAUUAUUGUGGAGGAUUGUGAUGGCGAAGAUAUCCUUUUCCACGACCAAUUUAUCCUUCGCAAAGAGUUUGCAGUUUCAGAAAUGAAUGAGCAUUUAGUCGAGUUCACUGUACCAAUAACAGAACCAAUGCCGCCGAAUUACUUUAUUUCACUCGUUUCGGAUCGAUGGAUGCAUUCGGAGACGAAGAUACCUGUUUCAUUCCAGAAGCUUAUUCUACCAGAGCGUUUUCCUGCUCAUACGCCAUUGUUGGAUAUGCAGCGGGUACCAGUCAAAGCUCUUAAACGACCUGAGUACCAAACGCUUUAUCCUUCCUGGGACCAUUUUAACAAGGUGCAGACACAGACUUUUAAAUCAUUGUUCGACACGGAUGACAAUGUUUUCCUAGGAGCCCCUACCGGGAGUGGGAAAACAGUCUGUGCGGAGUUUGCUCUACUUCAUCAUUGGUUAAAACCCAACCCUGGCAAAUCAGUUUAUAUUGCUCCCUUCCAAGAAUUGAUCGACUAUCGUGUGACCGAUUGGCAAACCCGAUUAGGCAAUCUCAACGGUGGGAAGAACAUUCUGAAACUCACAGGAGAAACCACUGCAGAUUUGAAAAUUCUCGAGCAAGCCGACCUAGUACUUGCUACGCCCAUUCAGUGGGAUGUCCUCUCACGGCAGUGGCAGCGCCGCAAGAAUGUACAAGCCGUUGAGCUCUUUAUCGCCGAUGAGCUGCACAUGCUUGGUGGUCAGGGUGGCUACAUCUAUGAGGUUGUUGUUUCGCGGAUGCAUUAUAUUGCCCUUCAGACUGAAAAAGACCUCCGGAUGAUUGGGCUGAGUGUCCCUCUGUCCAAUGCCCGGGACAUUGGGGAAUGGCUAGGAGCUAAAAAGCAUACUAUUUACAAUUUUAGCCCCCACGUACGCCCUGUUCCAUUAGAGCUGCACAUUCAGUCCUACACGAUCCCUCAUUUCCCAUCUCUCAUGCUUGCCAUGGCAAAACCUGUCUUUGCAUCGAUACUGCAGCUUUCUCCUGAUAAACCGGCGCUAGUGUUUGUACCUACGCGAAAACAGACACGCUCAACUGCUUUAGAUUUGCUGGCUGCUUGCAUUGCCGCAGAUGAUGAGGACAGAUUCUUACAUGCCGACGUUGAAGAGAUUUCCCCCCUGCUAAAGCGAAUCGACGAGCAAGCACUGGCAGAAUCUAUAUCACACGGAAUUGGCUAUUACCAUGAGGCUCUCAGCAACAGCGACAAGCGCAUUGUGACACAUCUCUUCAAAAUCGGUGCGAUACAAGUUAUGCUAGCCUCUAGGGAUGUUUGUUGGGAGAUCAAUUUCAAUGCACAUCUCGUUAUUAUCAUGAAUACCCAAUUCUUUGAUGGCCGAGAGCAUCGAUAUAUCGACUAUCCUAUCAGUGAGAUACUCCAAAUGUUCGGGAAAGCUUCCCGCCCUCUUGAGGACAAAAGUGGAAGGGGCGUGCUUAUGGUUCCCGCCGUCAAGCGCGACUACUACAAGAAAUUCCUAAAUGAAGCACUACCAAUAGAGAGCCAUUUGCAGAUAUACCUUCACGAUGCGUUUGUCACCGAGAUCAGCACUCGAACUAUUGCAUCUACACAAGAUGCUGUUGAUUGGAUGACAUACACCUAUUUCUAUCGCCGUCUCCUCGCAAAUCCUAGCUACUACGGCCUAACUGAUGUGAGCCACGAAGGCUUAAGUACGUUCCUCUCAGAGUUGGUUGAGAACACCCUUAAGGAGCUCUCUGAAGCCAAGAUCAUCGACCUGGACGAGGAGGAUGAUACACUCUCACCACUAAAUGCUGCAAUGAUUGCUGCAUACUACAACAUUUCGUUCAUCACCAUGCAAACGUUCUUGCUUUCUCUAACAGCCAGAACCAAGCUGAAGGGCAUUCUUGAAAUCGUGACAUCUGCUACUGAGUUUGAAAUGAUCCAGGUUCGACGCCACGAAGAGCAUAUUCUCCGUCGCGUGUAUGAUAGGGUACCAGUCAAGAUGUCGCAGCCAGUCUACGACUCACCACAUUUCAAGGCAUUCGUCCUUUUGCAGGCACAUUUCUCGCGCAUGCAGCUUCCGAUCGAUCUUGGCAAAGAUCAAGAAAUGAUUGUGGGCAAAGUGUUGAACCUCCUGAGUGCUUGUGUGGAUGUUCUGUCAUCCGAGGGCCACUUGAACGCGAUGAAUGCGAUGGAAAUGUCACAGAUGGUUGUUCAAGCUAUGUGGGACCGGGAUAGUCCAUUGAAGCAAAUUCCUCAUUUCGGCCCCGAGGUCAUCAUGGUGGCCAAUGAGUUCCAAAUCAAGGACAUCUUCGAGUUCAUGGAAGCCAUGGACCCAUCGGAGAACAAGGAUUAUGCAACUCUCGUCAAACGCUUGGGUCUUGACAACAAGCAGCUAGCACAGGCGGCAGAGUUUACGAAUAACAAGUAUCCCAACAUUGAUCUCGACUUUACUGUUCUAGACGAAGAAAACAUCACCGCUGGCGAGCCCGCUUAUAUCGAUAUCAGGAUUGAGAGGGAUGUUGAGGAAGACGAAGAAGUUGAUACUACCGUGUCUGCUCCGUUCUAUCCGGGCAAGAAGAUGGAGAAUUGGUGGCUGGUAGUGGGCGAAGAAAAGACAAAUAGCCUCCUGGCCACCAAACGGGUCACAAUUGGAAAGAAAUUGCAGCUCAAACUGGAGUACAUUGUUCCGACGCCUGGUGAGCAUGAGCUAACGCUGUUCUUGAUGAGCGAUAGCUAUGUGGGUGUUGACCAAGAUCCGUCCUUCAAGAUAACGGCUGCGGAAGGAAUGGAUGAAGAUGAGGAUGAGGAUGAGGAUGAGGAUGAAGGAUCGGAGUAGGCAAUGUCGUUUUGUUAUUUUUUUAAAAAUUUAACCUCCGAAAGUUGAUUUUCAUUUUCUCCGCCCUUUUGUUUAGACUGUACGGAGUGUACUGUGUAUGUAAUGUAUGGAUUUGUCUACUAAAAACGGCUUUGCUACGGUUUCCAUUUUGAGAAAAAAUUUAAAAUGAUUUUGUUUGGAUCAGAAUUUGUCGAUUGAAUUGAAAUGAGCCUGAAGUUGCAAACUGCUCAGUUCCUAUAACUUUAUAUAAGAUAGACAAACAUGAUCUCUACAUCUGGAGGGUUCUCUUAUUAAAGUUAGAUUUACG